AUGUUUCCAUAUGCCUCAUUUGUGGAGUCGGGCCAAGAAAGGAAUUCUUCGAAGUAUCGACCAUGCCCACCCGAUGUUCUUUCGAUGAAUGUUUGUUCCAGGCGGACAGCAGUCUGGAACGCUGGUGCAUGGGAUUUCUUUAGUGCCGACAUGUGGAAGGGACAGGAUGUUCAAGGGGUUAUCUACAGCCUUUUCAGAACUUCCAGAAAAACCCUCGGAAGAAGUCUUUAUAUCGAGAACAAUAGGUACCGUAGCGGAAAAAUCAAGAAGUUGGGUAGCCUACUUGAAGGCUAG